AUGGCCACUGAGGACGACACCACGCCUGGCAUCAUUGCCCCCGGGCCGGAGCUGCGUGCCAAGAUUGAGAAGUCGGCAGCGAGUCUUGCAAAGCGUGACAAGCGAAAGGCGGAGGAGAUGAUGGCUAAAGUCCUCGCCAGUCAGAAACGAGAGGAGUUUCUUUAUUUUGAGAUGACGCAUGUGUUUUACCCAUUUUUCCUGCAGAAGCUUAACGAGUACCGUGCCCACCCCGAGUUGAUUCCCACCGACGAGAAGAAGGACCCGUCGCAAGGCAAAACGACAACAACGGCCCCAACCACCAACGGCAACGCCGUUACCACACAAGGUGCCGCAUCUACACUCACUACAACAACAACAACCAUCAAAGCUGGCGGCAUCGUGCGUCGGGAAGGCGGCACGGCAGCACGUCACGAUCCGAAACGUGACGAGGCGUUGCGUCAGGCGGAGAUUGAGGCGCAGCGGUAUUUGGAGGAUCCCUUUCCCAACCGUUACUCACUGGACUUACACCAUGGCACAAUUAACAUGCCAGCUUUGACGUUGAGCUACAUGACUUGCACCGCGCAGUAUGUUGCCAAGCACGGUGAACGGUUUAUGAAGGACAUCCUUGCAAGAUAUCGUAAUAACGCGGCAUUUCGUUUUCUCAACAGUGAAGAUGUACGUCAUAGUGUCUUUAUGAAGCUUGUGGAGUCGUACCGGCUGAUUUUGCACCACGAUCCAGAUGAGGUGGAGGACCGAUUAGAGCGGUAUCGAUCCGCACGGGAAAUUCUUGACACGGUGUGCGAGGAGAAGGUGAAGUACGCCAAGGCUGCCAUUGCCCGACGUAAGGCUGCAUUGCUUACCGAUGAGGAGCUUCGAGACAGGCUGGAAUGGAAUGUUUUCACGGUUGUCCACCAAUUUUCUUUGAGUGACUUGGGCCUUGAUGGUCCCAUGCCACAAUCCGCCGUUGCCCAUCGAAGUGCUCUUCCAGAGACUAGCCGCGGUGCCGCCGCCGCCGCCACCACCAGCAGCGGCAGCGGCGACGCAUUGGGGGAAAAAACAACAACAGCAACAGAAUUAUCCUCAGCAGCAGCAGCAGAAAUGAGCGGGGUGAUGGAUGCCCCCGAAGCUCCUCCUCGGAUGCUGCGUCCUCCUCAAGGAUUCAUGGUGCCGCCAACGUUCACACCCACUUUUAUCAGCAGCCAUCUUGUGAGCUCCACGGACCCCACCGCCCCGCUCAACCGCAGCAAAAGGGGGUAUGACGAGAUGGACGAGAACCACAGGCCACGGCGCCACGCUCCCAUGCGACGCGGAACGGAUCGCUUUGAUGAUCAGCGAGGGAGUGAGCAUGUGGGUUCGAACGACGUUGAGCGUCGGGGCGGUGGAUCAACUGCUGUUACCCGCGACAAGCACGGCUAUGAGGGAGCGCAGGCCGACGCUUCUGCAACAGACACCGAGUUUGAGCGAAAUGUGCGGCCGAGGCGAGAAAAGGCCGAGGGGAACGAGAGGUGA